GGUCAUCUGAGGCAGCAAUGGCAACGUCUGGCGACAAUGAAGUGAUGGAGGAGACGCACCUUGAAAAUCCACAAUUACCAAUGGAGGUCCUAAUGCACGUAAUGUCGUGUCUGUCAGUGUCGGAUCGAAUAUCAGCUGGACGCGUGUGCAAGCAAUGGCACGAGGCGUCGGUUUGUGCCAAAUUUGUUAAUCAUCAGGCACUCAUUAUAAGUUGCGAAGAGACUCUUCGAAAAGUCAUGGAUACACUAUCAGUUUCCAACAGGCCAUUUUAUCACUUUACCUUCAAGGGAGUUGAAGUUAAAGACUCGUUUCCCAUCUGGAGUAAAUUUGGAGCUAUUAUGCGCAGUUUGAUUAUGAUGUCCUGUGAAUUGAGUGAGAAAACACUAGUGCACAUUCUCAAGUCCUGUAAGAAUCUGCAGACACUGCACAUCGAUACGUGUCGAGAUUGUCUGAUGUCUGGACGACUUCUGGACAACGUGAAUGACUCAAAGGAAAUCUCGAACAAUUUAAAAUCCCUGGUGGAACUGAGCCUGGCCUCCAACAGAUAUCUCAGCGACGCCCUCUUCAAUCGUUUAAUCUCCAUCUGCCCCAACCUGAGAACACUUAGUCUCAGAGACUGUCAGAUAUCCUUCCAUCCCGGUAUCUACAAGAAGUUCUACCCGAAAAACACCCUGGACCAGGGCUCAGAGUCUGUCCUGACAUUCUUCAACAUCCUGGAGUACAUAAAAAAGCAGGCAAAAACUCUGAAGCACUUGGACUUCGAUUCUACACUGAUAGACAACACAGCACUUAGCAGUCUGGUCGCUGUCGAGGACCUACAGUUGUACUCCCUGAAGUUGAAGUGCUGCAAUCAACUGUGCGACCCCGGUCUCCGGACACUUGUUCACCAGAAGUCCCUGAAGAUCCUCGACCUGAGCUUUUCCGUACAAGUAACAGAUGCCAGUCUUCUGUACAUCUGCCAGAAUCUCGAUAACCUGGAGAGCCUGAAUAUCAGCAAAUGCAUGGUCGUCACCGAUUCUGGAAUCUAUCAGAUCAGGCGCCUGAAGAAGCUCAAGGAGCUGGACAUUUCUGGAUGCCCUCUCUUGUCCAGUGCAGGCGUCACUGAUGCUCUCUGCAAAUACAAUCCAGCCGAAUCGGAAGAUGAGAAACAAAUCUGGGAUUGCGCGAAUGUCCAUUCGAAUUCUGCCCUGGAGAAUAUUCAUCAGGUGGAGAUGAAGCAGGACAGUUUCGAUGAGAAUCUUGAGAUUCUCUCUCUGCAGUCCCUGCGCCUCAACGAGGAGACCAUUGAGUGCAUUGCUGCUAGCUUCAAGCAACUCAAGUAUCUGGAUCUCGGGUACUGCCUCAAUGCAUAUGGAGUGACUGAUAGAACUAUUCAGAUAAUCUUUAAGGAGUUGACUGCGAUAAGAACGCUGAAGAUCACUAAGUGUGAUAGAGUCAGCGAUGCUGGUCUGACUGGUAUGGGUGCCGGGGCUAUGGAUAAUCCAAUCACGCGUACUCCUCCAUCUCCCUUCGCCAUGAUUCAAGGAAUCACUAUAACCAGGUUCGGGAUCCGUCUGGGCUCUAUGGCUGAAGAGGAGAUCGCCAGUUCGAGUCGCAAGAUUGAUAUUCCUCCUGGUUACUCGUUGCUGAGGCUCAGGGGUCUCAGGGAACUCGAUCUCUCCAAGUGCAGUAACGUCACUGAUGUCAGCUUGAAAAAUGUCUUCACGUUCCCAGAGUUGAGGGUACUUAAUCUCGGUUGGUGUACACAGAUAACGCACGUCGGGCUGGAUCAUUUAACGAGAAACAACAGAGCCAUCGAGGAUCUCAAUUUAUCGGGGUGUAUUCAUGUCACUGAUAUUUGCAUUCAGUACAUCGUGGAGAGACUGCACAGAUUGAAGCGCCUGCAUUUGCAGGAAUGUUUUGAAGUAACUGACCACGCGUUAGACUCGAUAAAAAUGAAUGGCAAGAGUUUACAGUACCUCGACGUUCGUUCCUGUAAAGCAAUAACCUCGGUCGGACUCGAGGGCCUUCUUCAUCGCGUCCACGUGGAAUACUCGAAACAAUAGGAGAUCCUUCUUCCCGGGAUAUCCCCAUCUCUCCCC